UGAAUUGUGUUUUGGUUUUUGGAUUGGGUAGCCGCGAGUUCCCCUGCAGAAUUUCUUCUUCUCUGCCGUCGGCUUCUCCCCCCUGCUAGGCUCGGUUUUGCUUGCUAAAUUUUGGUUUUGAUCGUUCUGUCGCCAUAGCACUUGGGUUAGCCUUCUGUUCUGUGCGAGUGAGGUAAGUAAAUUAUGGUAAAACCCUUCGAUUUUAAAGCACGUUUUCAAUUGUUUUUGAGAUGGUGGCAAGGUUUAAAUUGAUUUUAAAUCAGUUUUAUCAGUAUUUGGGUGUAAUUAAACUGAAAUGGAAAUUGUGAUGAUUUUGUGGGAAUUUCAUUGUUUUUCAGGAAUUGAGCGUGAUUAGCAUGAAAACGGGAAUUUCAUUGUUUUUCUGGAAUUGAGCAUGAUUUGAAUGAAAUUGUUGUCAUUACAUUGAGUAGAGCAUGCCUAUUUGAAAUUGACUGAAUUGUUUUGAUGAACUGAGAGCUUUGUAAAUUAUGAUUUUCUGUUAAAUCCAUGCCCACAUGGAAUUUUCUGGUUAUUUCUGAAAUUAUGGAUUUCGGUUGUGAAUUAUGGAUUUUUGGAAAUCCGGCAUGGUUUUGUCUCGGAUAUAGUCAUGAUUACUGACGCCCGCUAGUGGGAGAUGUAAACGCUAGCACAUGUCGACAUGUAUUUCUGUAGAACCGGUUCACCCUGCCAAUGGGGUUAAACACUGGCACUACCUGACGCCUGCCAGUGGGAGUGUGUUAAACACUGGCACUACCUGACGCCUGCCAGUGGGAGUGUGUUAAACACUGGCACUAUUCCUAACGCCUGCCAGUGGGAGUUUGUUAAACACUGGCCAUGACUUAUAGAUGAGACUACUGAUGAGUUUUAUUAUGCAUGAAUGGUUUAUCAUUGAAAGUUCUGUUAUGCUUACGUGGUUUAUCAUUGAAAGUUCUGUUAUGCUUACGUGGUUUAUCUGGCAUGUUUAAAAGUUUUACCCAAGGGCUAUCCAUAUUUACUUACUGAGAUAUUUUAUCUCACCUCGUUUUCCUUGUCCACCGUUUUAGGAAACGAAACUGAGGACGGGAAAACCGAGGGGAGUGACGAGUUAGAAGGCUAGCCAUUCAAUUGGGGUAUAAGUUUUAGAUUUUAUCAUCCUUUUGUAAGGUUGAUUUUAUUCAUGAGAUUUUGUGAUUUGGAUAAGUUCCGAGCCUUGUGCAUUUGUGGGACUCUCUCACGAGUGCACGGCGUCUGUCGCGUCCCCGGAUUUGGGUUCUGGGGCGUGACAUUUGUUUUGGUCAUUGCUUUCAAAGAAUAAUUAAUUGAAUGUAUC